AUGCCGUAUCCCUUCGUCCUCCCAACGACGUCCUCUUUUGCCUUCUCGUCCAGCUUCACCUGCGAAUCGCACCCCUCACUGCCCCUCCAAGCAAGCACCCACCGCGGUGUCGUCCGAGACACACUCAAGCGACACAAGCGUCUACCCGCGACUUCCCAGCCCGCCUCUCUCUCCUCCGUCAUCUCUGCCCUCCAUAGCUAUCUCCCCUACCUCUUCGCCAUCGAUGCAGGCCUCUCGAACAAGACCAUCCACUCAGAAGAGGUCUCGGUCAUCCUGAAGACGGCGCCCCUGAUCGAAUGGCGCCCAACGCUGUCUGGUAACCUUCUCCCAGGCCGCGAACGGCCGCGCACCAAGAUCCACUCCCUCGAGUACGAGCUCUUCUUUGCCCUCUCGACCCUCGCAAACGCCUUCACCCUCCAGUCCCGCGCCGCCCUGCAGCCGCUCUACCAAACCACCAACGCGCCCGUCGGCACCGCUCAGCGCCAGACCGCCAUCGCCACGGCGACCCGCCACCUCCUCGACGCAGCGUCCAUCUACACAUACCUCGCCUCGCGCGCCGAGUCCCUGCCCCCGGACUGCCCGCCCCCGCCAUGCGCGGACAUCGCGACCACCACGCUCCGCGCCCAGCGCGCCCUCGCCCUCGCCGAGGCGACCCUCCUCGCCGUGCUGAAGGAUGACCCCUACCCGGCCGUCGUCGCGCAGGCGCGUAACCCGCACGACACCGAGUGGAUGUACAAGGCGCCCGACAUCCCCAAGGUGCGCGCGCACCUAUUUGCGCGCCUGUGUCUGGCGGCGGGGGAGCAUGCGGCGCAGGCGGCCGCUGCGCUGGGGACUAGGGCCGGGGGGAAAGGAGCCAGUAGUAGUGUUAGUGACGGGUUUGUACGCUACUUGGACGAUCUGCGACGGGCGAGCCGGGCGAGGGCGUGCCGGUUCUUUGGCAUUGACGCCGAGCUAGGCGGGCAGACCGGCACUGCGAUCGCGUGGCUCAGAGCCGGCCUGGCGGAGUUGGGGGUUGAGAGGAAGGGGGAUGGAGGGAAGGGGACGGGCUUGAAGGGGUUGAGGAAAGAGUGGAGCGAGCGGAGGGAGGACAAGAAAGUGGAAAAGGGUUUGGACUGGGGCGCGGAUGGGGGCAGGUUGGAGGAGACGAGGGUGAUCGAGAUGCUGGAAGUGAAGUGGACGAAGCAAAAUGAUACGAUGCUCACUCAACCAAUACCCCCCACUGGGCCCCUACUCGCCCAGAUGCCCUCGGGGCGCGAGAUCCACAGCAUCAAGCCCUUUGAGCCGCCGCUAUUAGCUCCGGAUAUGCUGGAGGCAAUGCGGGCGCCUCCUGAUAGAUCGGACGAGUUCGGUGAUUAUCCGAGCUCGGACGAGGAGACGGCCGUAGAUCCCUCUCCGGGUGGGACGUUCACGGGAAGAUCAUCAGAUUACCGGACGGGGACGCCGGGCUACUUUUGA